AUGUUUAUGUUGAUACAAAAGAAAAAAGCAUACAACAACAUACCACACUUAAAUUUAAAUCAUAAUAAUAUUAAUAACGUACAAGAAAAAGAUCAUCUAGUAAAAGAGUGGUUGAAAACUUUAAAGCCAAGUAGUACAAUAAGUUCAACAAGUUUACAAGAGAAAAGCUCAGAUGAUUUGGCUGAUUAUAGUACAGUUUAUACACUAUACAGAAUGCAUAAAAGAAAUAACCAAUCGACUUUGUUCGAUUUUUUAAAAACAAAAAACAAGAAUCAUGAUUCUAUUGUGGAAAGCGGCCUUACUGCCUUAGUGCCAACUGCUUCAACUGCAAUAGAGGUGGAUUCAUUACCAGUAUGUCCCAUCCAUCCAGUUCUAAUCACACCAACAGAAGUAGAAUUUACUGAUAUACAAUUGAGAUGUCACCCUAACGAUCCUUCUCUGCCCCUUCCAAAAAACCGCCAUGAGCUUAAAGCAAGAAUUUUGCAGGGUCCUUACCAACCAAUCUUGAGUUUAUAUCCAAAAACAAAAAUAGGAAAUCAGUAUCGUAGUUUUCAAGUUCAGUAUUUUCAGAAGUACAAAUGGAUAGAGUUUAGUGAGAAAGAAAAUGCUGCAUAUUGUUUUCCAUGUAGAUUCUUUAAAUCUAAUAACUUAAAUAAUGGUCAACUUGAACAGUCUUUUUCAACUAAAGGUUUUAAGAACUGGGCUAAUGCAACAAAACUCCUUAACAAACAUCAGUUAUCAAAUGCUCACAUUACUAGUGCAUCUUCGUUAUCUCAUUAUAUCUCUGGAAAACCUAUUGACGAGGUUUUGGACAAUGCUAAAAAAGAAAAUUUGAAACAGUGUGAAGCCAAUCGUAUACAAAAUCGUACAUAUUUGGCACGAAUUAUUGACUUAACAAUUUUACUUGGUAAAUGUGGUCAAGCAUUUAGAGGCCACAAUGAGAAGGAAGGCAGUAACAAUAGAGGUUUAUUUCUGGAACUAGUUUCUUUGUUGAAAAAGUAUGAUAGUGUUAUGUCCAACCAUUUAGAAAAAGGUCCCAGAAAUGCUUCAUACACCAGUAAUAGAACACAAAAUGAUAUAAUACAGUCAAUACAUAAUGUAAUGCUUCGAAAGAUUUCAUCUAUGCUCAAAAAUAAAUAUGUUUCGAUUAUUGCUGAUGAAACCAGUGACUGUGGUCAUCACGAGCAGAUGUCUAUAGUAGUUCGUUUUUUUGAUACAAGUUUGAAUAAACCAGUUGAAUACUUCAUGGGUUUGCAACGUCUUUUAAAAGUUGACUCACAGUCUAUUUUUGAAGCUUUAAAUAAUUUUGUAGAAAAUAUUGGUAUAUCUUGGGAAAACGUUAUUUCUGUAUGUUUUGAUGGAGCUGCUAACAUGUCUGGUUGUCAUAAUGGUGUUCAAAUGAAGU